AGCUUGCCCAGACAGCUGAGAAAUGAAGCGGCAGUCGCAGCCAGUACAACUUGUUCUCUGCUUUAUUUACAGGAGCCAAGCAAUAAACGGGUCCGGCCCUUAGCACGGGUCACGUCCUUGGCAAACUUGAUCUCUCCUGUAAGAAAUGGUGCAGUUCGGCGCUUUGGACAGACCAUACAGUCAUUUACCCUUCGCGGUGACAGCAAAUCUCCUAGCUGUGCCCAGAAGGCGUGUAGCAGAUCUGCUGCUCCCACCCCUCCGAAAAGAAGGAACAGCGUCCUUUGGUCCGAGAUGUUAGACGUCAACAUGAAGGAGUCCCUGAGCACCAAAGAGAUUAAGCGCCAGGAGGCAAUAUACGAAAUGUCCAGAGGAGAGCAGGAUCUAAUAGAAGAUCUGAAGCUUGCCAGAAAGGCCUAUCAUGAUCCCAUGCUGAAACUCUCCAUCAUGUCCGAGGAGGAGCUCACCCACAUAUUUGGGGACUUGGAUUCUUAUAUUCCUCUGCACGAAGAUUUGUUGGCAAGUUUAGGGGAAGCAACGAAACCUGACGGAACAGUGGAGCAGAUUGGGCCAAUUCUUGUGAAAUGGUUGCCACGACUUCAUGCCUACAAAGGUUACUGCAGCAAUCAGCUGGCAGCCAAGGCACUUCUGGAUCAGAAGAAGCAGGACAGGAGGGUGCAGGACUUCCUCCAGCGCUGCCUGGAGUCUCCUUUCAGCCGAAAAUUAGACCUCUGGAGCUUCCUGGACAUUCCUCGGAGUCGCCUGGUCAAAUACCCACUGCUCCUCAAAGAAAUCCUGAGACACACUCCCAAAGACCAUCCUGACAUCCAGAUUCUAGAAGAAGCAAUCACUAUAAUCCAAGGAGUCCUCUCCGACAUCAACUUGAAGAAGGGGGAGUCGGAGUGCCAGUAUUACAUUGACAAGCUGGAGUACCUGGAUGAGAAGCAGAAGGACCCAAGGAUCGAGGGCAGCAAAGCUUUACUGUGCCACGGGGAGCUGAAGAACAAAAACGGACAUAAGCUCUACGUGUUCCUCUUCCAAGACAUCCUGGUCCUGACGCGGCCGGUCACUCGGAACGAGCGUCAGUCCUACCAGGUGUACAGGCAGCCCAUCCCCGUGCAGGAGCUGCUCCUCGAGGACCUGCAGGAUGGCGACGUGAAGAUGGGAGGAUCCUUCCGAGGAGCUUUCGGCAACUCGGAUAAAGCUAAAAACAUCUUCAGGGUCCGUUUCCAAGAUCCCUGCCCGGGCCAGUCCCACACGCUGCAGGCCAACGACAUCUUCCACAAGCAGCAGUGGGUGAACUGCAUCCGCACGGCCAUCGCGCCCUUCCAGCGCAGCGCGGCCGCUGCCGAGCUCCAGGAGCUCCCGGAGCUCAGCGAGGAGGCGGAGGAGAACAGCCCUCCCGCCGGGAGCCGCCCGGGAAUAACCGACAUGGAGCUGGACGAAAACACCCCCGAGGGCGGCUCCGUCCUGGACUCGGAGGAAGCCAAGGGCUGCAAAACGCACCGAACGCUGCCCGGGCACAGGAAAACCAGGGAGAAGCAGCUCAGCAGCAAGCGGAAAGAAACGCUGGUGUGA